AUUGAAUCCGCGUGAGUUUUGGCGGUCAGUCUACUGCGCGUGUUGUCAAAAAGAUGGCUAAAAGAACGAAGAAAGUUGGCAUAGUUGGAAAGUAUGGUGUUCGUUACGGUGCUUCUCUCAGGAAGACCAUCAAGAAAAUCGAAAUCAGCCAACAUGCUAAAUACAACUGCAAUUUCUGUGGAAAGGAUUCGUUAAAGAGAAAAGCAGCAGGCAUAUGGGAAUGCAAGGCGUGCAAAAAGGUAGUAGCUGGGGGCGCUUAUGUCUGCAGCACUACUGCCGCGACUACAAUCCGAGCUGCUAUUAGGCGCUUGCGUGAUGCUCACGAGUCAUGAACUAUGUUUUUUUAAAUAUAGCUGGUGCACUUCCUGAA